AUGAAAUUUUUCGCUGCUUUGUUGGUCUUAGUGAUUGGAGUCGUGGUUGUUACUGCUGGCCCACAUAGAAGAUAUGGUGGAUACGGAGGCUACGGUGGUGGCGGAUACGGUGGCUACGGUGGUGGUGGAUUCCCAGGUUUCCAAGGUGGCGGAUAUCCAGCUUAUGGUGGCGGGGGAAGUGCAAUUGCUAACUCCCAAUCAACUGCCAUCUCACUAGGAGGACCGGCAUAUUCCAAUUCUGAUGCGCUCGCUCAAUCAUAUGGCAAAUAA